UCUUUUCUGUUGUUAAUAGGUAAACUUGGAGUGUGACAAGGUUUGGUUCAUUCUUCGUGUCAAUUUGAAUAGCUGCUUGUUUACACUUCUACAGUUCAACUGCCUUGGAUCUUUUUACUUGGUCCAACCUGCUCAUGUUACUCAUGAAGAAACUGAGGCUCAUGGAGGGUGCAAAAGGGAAACCAGAGAACUCAAGCAAAGUGACUAAGGAGGCGGAGAAGAUGGGUCUGCUCAGCAUAGACUUGUUGAUUACACUGCAAAUCCUGCCAGUUUUUUUCUCCAACUGCCUUUUCCUGGCUCUCUAUGACUCGGUCAUCCUCCUGAAGCACGUGGUGCUGCUACUGAGCCGGUCCAAGUCCACUCGUGGCGAGUGGCGGCGCAUGCUGACCUCAGAAGGGCUACGCUGUGUCUGGAAAAGCUUUCUCCUGGAUGCUUACAAACAGGUGAAAUUGGGUGGAGAUGCUCCCAAUUCCAGUGUUGUCCACAUCACCAGUGCUGAAGUUGGGAAUGGUCAACAGAAUAAUUCCAAGUGGAAGAGAUUUGAUAGGGGAUAUGGAGCAGAAUGCCAUCUCCUGGAUUUUGCCAACCCUGAGCGUCCAUUGGUGGUCAACUUUGGUUCAGCUACUUGACCACCGUUCACAAGCCAGCUGCCGGCCUUUAGCAAGCUGGUGGAAGAGUUCUCAACAGUGGCUGACUUCUUGUUGGUCUACAUUGAUGAAGCUCAUCCAUCAGAUGGUUGGGCGGUACCUGGUAAUUCCUCUGUGUCUUUCGAGGUGAAGAAACACCAGAACCAGGAAGACCGCUGUGCAGCAGCCCAUCAACUUCUGGAGCGUUUCUCCUUGCCGCCCCAAUGCCAGGUGGUGGCUGACUGCAUGGAUAACAAUGCCAACAUAGCCUAUGGGGUAUCCUUUGAGCGUGUGUGUAUUGUGCAGAGACAAAAAAUUGCUUACUUAGGAGGGAAGGGCCCCUUUUUCUAUAACCUUCAGGAAGUCCGACUUUGGUUAGAGAAGAACUUCAGCAAGAUGAAAUCCAGGUUAGCUGGAAGAAUUUGUGAGUUGCAUAGUGCUGUAUUAAAAAUAACAAAAAAAGGAGGAGGGGGAGGAAGAGAAGGAUGUACUGGAUCCACAGUUUCAACUGGAUCUCAUUUAUUCCCCCACUACAGGACAACAGUUUUAAUAGCCAUCUCAGAAGAAGAAUAAAACUAUCCCUAACAUACCAUCACCACUUUCCUUACCAGAUAAUAAUAAUAAUACCUGCCUAACCAGCAAUCCCUUGUUACAUUUCCACUUUAUGAAAAAGAGCCUAAGAUGAACAGGAAGAACCUGUUUCAAAUGUCUCCAUCCUCCCUUGAGAUGGAAUUAAACAACUGGUGCUUGCUUUGGAGAAAAUGGGGAAAAAAAAAUUCAACCUGCACUAGAGAAAUGCCAGGGACAAAAGACUCUAUUAGAAUAGGGAUUGUUAUCUUAAAUUUAUCCACCAUGAAGAGAAGAUUGUUGAUAAAUCCCUAAAUAUUUGUUUAUAGUGAGUCUGGCGGGGAAAAAAGGGGGUUCACCUGGCUGUCCUGAUUUUUAGAGUGUUGCUGACAUCUCUGGCUCUAUCAGUAUGCACUGUCAGAUACUGGCUGAAACAUCCAAGAAUUCUCAGGAUAUUUAGGGGUAGUUUUUGAAGACCUUCCCUCAAUUUGAAGGGUUAGGGUUACUUUUUGGUCAAGAGAUGAAGUAGUUGUAGGAAGUACACUGGAUUUGGAGUUUUAUUUCCUGAGUUAAAAUCCUAUCAUUUAUCAGUGGCGAGGUCUUAGGCGACUCAUUUAAUGUACGUUAUAUUCAGUUUCCUCAUAUGUAAAUUGAGGAUUUUGGAUUAGAUGAUCUUCAAAGGCCCUUUAAAUGUAAAAGCUCUAUAAUUUGUCUGAAAAUGACAAAUAGGGAAAGAGAAGACUGAAAGAUCAGGAGACUACAGAGUUUUACUUUGAAGCAGCAGAGAGGGUAACUAAUUAGUUAGGAAUAGAAACACAUACCCAUAGAAUUUUCCUGACCAGAGAAAAUAGUUCUGCUGAAACUCAUUUGAGACCCCAUGAGUGGGAAACUAUUUAUCUUAUAAUGAGAGAGAGAUAUAGAAAGAUGAAAGGUGAUUUUGCAUUUUUUUAUAUAAAAUAAUUUAUUUGUCUGUAGUUUGUGUAUUUGGAGUGAGGAAAUAAAUGAACCAUGAUACCUCACUAAGCAUGAACUAUUGCCAUAGGUUACUCUGUGGUUGCAGUAGUGCCAAUUGUUGAAAUGUUACAGAGCUCCACUCAUUCCUUGGCAUGGAAUACUGGUCUCUGUAAUGAUGUUCUAUAAGUUGAGCUGAAAACAACUUACUUAUAUUUUAUGAAUCUCUCAGCUGCCUUGUGGGAAAUGAUUCUCUGGUUGCUUAAAUACUAUAUAGUCUUACUGUCCCUCAAAAGCAGGUGAACUAGCAAGAAUGAUGCAAAUAUGGUUUCCUUAGAAAAAUGAGUGUCAAGUCAACAAGCAUUUGUUAAGUGCCUACAAUGUGUCAGGCACAAUACUAAAUGCCUGAGAAGAUAAGAGACAGGUAGUUGGGAGGAGUCCCAUCUGAAUAUAUCAAAGCCUUUUUACAAUGUAAUCCAUAUUGACAGUCAUGGGCUUUGUUAUAACAAAAUUCUCACCUUUACACAGAAUUCUAAAUAGGAUCUAUCUUGGGCUCUCUCCACCAAGGGCUACUUCUUAGAAGCACCCAAAAGACUUUGUUAUAUGUAGUGUAGUCUUCUGUACCACACUGUUAUGUGCCAUAGAUGGAUUUUAAUAAAACUGCCAGGUUAUAUAAAACAUUCUGAGAGGAGAACUAUCAGUUUUAUUGAAGGUCAGAUUUUAGAGAAUAUUUAAAGGCUAGGUUAUUAAAAAUGUGAAGAGAAUUUUUUUUUAUAAUUUUGAGAAAUUCAAGUUUCAGUAUAUGUCAAUAUUUAAUAGACAUAUUCUUAGUUAUUAGCAGUUUUAAAGACCAGCAUGGAAACAACACUAAACUUAGGUGAUUGCAUCUGAAAAUAAGCAAGAAUAGGAAUGAAUUGCAAAAGACAAACCCAUUGAGAAAAGCCAGAAAUCUGUGGUACUGAAUUUGAAUAUCAUAAAAAUAAAGUGUUUCAGAACUGUAAAAAGAAAAAAAUGAGUGCUGAAGUAGAGCUCAAAUGUUUUUCCCUACCAAAUUAACUUGCCAGCUUUUUUGGUGUUUUAUAUACAUUAUCAGAAUAGAUAAGUAGAAUUGCAAGAUUCUAGUUAUUUAAUGAACUGGUAGUAAAUAAUAUUUUUAAAUGAAUAUCAAAUGUUUACAGAUUCCUGAUUUUUUCUCACUUGCACUUUUUUUUUUUUUUUGCAUUAAAAAAUCAUUGGUUCAUUUGCCCAGUUUCUUUGUUUCUCAAACAUGGGGUUAGGGUUUAUAUGGUGCCCUUAAGAGAUUUUAUAAAAAUCAAUGGCACUAUAUGAAUAAUGUUUUCCUUGGAAGUGUCUUCUUGUUUUUUCUCCAUGUACAGAACUGGUAAAGUAUGUCAGAGAAGGUGGGGGGAAGGAAAGUAAGAUUCCAAGAAGGCAAUGCUUAUUGUUCAGAUAAAAGAGUGGAAGAAAUAUACUUUUGUGUUCUGAUUUUGCUACAAGUAUAUGGAAAGAAGCAUGGAAUAGGCGAUUCCUCUUGCAGAGGAUUAGCAGUAGAGAAACAGACCGAUGGAAGUUAGUAAAUGAAAGGCCAAAUAUCAGGGGAAAGAUUAUUUUUAAUGAGAAGAUAUAUCUACAUAAAACAGAUUCCCCAAGGAAGAGCAUGGAAACCCUACCAAUACACAAGGGUAAAAAAAUGUAGCUACAUAUAACCCAAUUCACACAUCUUAACAACCAUGACCCAAGAGGUUCCCUAUGUCUGUAUUUUUAUUCACUGUGUUUACAGAAUAUAUUUCUGAUUCCUGUCACAGUUUAUAUUCAAACAAUCCUCUGGGAGAAGACGUGAUAAUCUUUCACAUAUCUAUGUGUGUGUAUAUAUAUAAAUAUAUAUAUAUAUACACACACAUAAAUACAUACAUAUAUUUGUAUAUGCAUAUAUACACUUAUUGUCACAACUAUGAUUUGGCAUUCAUCCUCUCACCUGAUCAUUUUCUUUUGACAGGCCAUGUUUAUAUGGGGCUCUCAGUUUAAAUAUGUUAACUGGAUUAGCUUGUAUAUCAUUGAAGUAGUUUUCUAGCUACUUAAGACUUUGUUAGAGGCAAUGGAUUCAUAUUUUAUUCAAAAUUUCAAAGUUUAUGGCUUAGAACUGUUCAAAACUUACUUUACUACUUAGAAGAUUGACCAGGGCUUUCUCUAAUAGGCAUGAAUAAAAUAUUCAUCAAGUACUGGCAGACAUUUAAUACAAUAUUAAAAUAGCUCCCUGACCUCACAAGAGGCAAACAGAUUAGUAAUGGUCACCCAACUUUGCAUAUUUGAGGUGAUAGUAAUUUAACUUACUUGGCUAUCUUUUUGCUUGUUUUGAAUUUCCAGUACUGUGUCUUCACAUGCUCCUGAAUUUGGGCACCUCUGCUUUUUAAACAUUCUAAUCAUUUGGUAAAGCAAAAUUGUUACUCUAUCUAAUCACUCACAGCCCUAAUAAUGUAGAAAAGGCCCUCAUUUUGUUCCUUCCAGAUUACUGGUGUCGAUCUAGGCUCAUAGGUGAAAGGAAUACAAUAGACUCAGUGAUUUUCUAUAACCUAUAGGUGACAGAGGGAUGGAGUUGAAGUGUUCUCUUUAACUUGGACAAACUGCUAGGAUUUGGUUAGAUUCCUUCUGUACCUACUUUUAAUGGACCAUGCAUAUGGAGACCAAUCCUACUCCUGGGACAAUAAAAAAGGAGAUGAUCUUACCUCCUGUGAAUCCAAGGAAGACUUUUCUCUCCAGAGGCAAACCUGAUCUCGAUUGAAGAAUCUCAGAAUUGAGUUCAUUAAGAAUUUCAUGUUUAUUUGUGAAAGUAAAGAUUAAGCUCUCUUCUGUGGUUGAGGGAAUGAUGAAAAAAUUCACAUUUAGUGUUCCUAAGAAUCUGACCAUUUUCUCUUUCUCACUAUUGGUGGUUGGCAGUGAGAAUCUUUACCGAAAAAAAAAAAAGAGAGAAAGACUGAAAGUGCCAGCUAAAGUAAUUAUUUUUGGUUGUGCCUGAUCUGCCGUCUUAAACUUAGGGAAAAUCAAAACCAUUUUACUCACAUUUCAGUCUCACUAUUUCCAUAUAUAUCUUUCUCACUAUAAAGGGAGUUCCCUUAAAAUUGCAGAGGAGUUCUUCAGGGAAAGGAUAUUGGAGAAAGGAGUUGGGAGAAGGUAGAGUUGUAUAGUGAAGACCCUGCAUUCUAGCUCAGUAGAGGUAGGAAAAAUAGUUUUUCUCACAUCACUCCUCAAAUUAAUAUUGUUAAGCGCAGACCAGUUUAAGAGUCAGUAUUUUUCUGACACCCUAGUUAUCAGUCAUUGCUGGAAGCAAGGUCUCUGAGCAGACAGAUGCUGUUCUGUUCUGAAAUAAAAUGAACUAAUAGAAAGUCAAUUCUUAUAGAGAUUCAAAUAAGUCUGUGGAGUAGUACUGACUUUGGGUGAAAGUACCAAGGAUUUGGGGGAGUUUAUUUAUUAUUUAGUGAUUAGAUGUUGGAGUCUAUACACAGGUUUAAUGGAGUCACUUUUUGGCUCCACUAACCAUAAUAAUAGUUUUAAAAAAUGUGAACAAAUAAAACAAGCAAAUUAAUGAAAGAAACUCACAGAGAGAAAUUCCCCAAGUCUUGGGCAAGCUACAUCACUGGAUGACAUUGUUUCAAUGUGAUUGAGGGUUGAGAGCAGCAUUGAAGACAUGCAUUCAGUACUACAUAACCAAAGCAAUGAAAGGUAUUGGGUAGGGAAUAUUGGCCAGUGUUGUUCAGUUGUGUGUCAUAUAAUUACAGUCCUCAUGUUCACUAGCCCAAGCCUUUGGGCAUCUAAAGUAGGAGACCAAGUUGUGGAAGGGCUGCCAGUGUGCAAAUGAUGACCCCUAACAAAAGAGUCAGUCACUCCGUUAGAGGUUGGAUGUGGUCACAGUGGCUUGCUGCUCCCUGGCUUGGAUUCUUCCUAGCAAGGAGAUUAAUUUGGUGUGUGAUAUUAUGAGGACUUGGUAAACAUGGUGAGGACACAAGUGUAUGUGUGUUCGUGCAUGUUUGUACGUGUGUGUCUCUGCUUAUCCAUGGUGGAAACAAUUGCUUUGCAGAAUGUCAGCAAGAAAUGUGUUACAAUACUGGUGCUGAGUGGAAUGUGUGCUUUAAAAAAAUUCCUUGUAUUUUAAUAAAACCUAAAAAUAAGAAAACA